CCCCCCUCCGGGACACCCCCGCCUGCCCCCCCCCCGGGAUCCCCUCCCCCCAGGGUCAUCUUCCCACCGCCCCCCUCCGGGACACCCCCGCCUGCCCCCCCCCCGGGGUCCCCUCCCCCCAGGGUCAUCUUCCCACCGCCCCCCUCCGGGACACCCCCGCCUGCCCCCCCCCCGGGGUCCCCUCCCCCCAGGGUCAUCUUCCCACCGCCCCCCUCCGGGACACCCCCGCCUGCCCCCCCCCCGGGAUCCCCUCCCCCCAGGGUCAUCUUCCCACCGCCCCCCUCCGGGACACCCCCGCCUGCCCCCCCCCCGGGGUCCCCUCCCCCCAGGGUCAUCUUCCCACCGCCCCCCUCCGGGACACCCCCGCCUGCCCCCCCCCCGGGAUCCCCUCCCCCCAGGGUCAUCUUCCCACCGCCCCCCUCCGGGACACCCCCGCCUGCCCCCCCCCCGGGAUCCCCUCCCCCCAGGGUCAUCUUCCCACCGCCCCCCUCCGGGACACCCCCACCUGGGCCCCCCCCCCCACCGCCCCCCUCCGGGACACCCCCGCCUGCCCCCCCCCCGGGAUCCCCU